UUAACUCAUUUGUACAUAGUUUGUUUAACAUUAGUCUCUCUCCGCUUUUGCUUUACAGUUACAGCUGACAAAUCUUAGUCAACUUCAUCCUUGUUUAAAGUUUAACGUUCGUGUAUUCCAGUUAUGCUCAAACUGUACAAUAGGGGCACCAGCAUGUGGACAAUAUUCUUCUGGAUGGCAUUUCUGAUCGACAGCAUGGCUUCGAAGUGUAAUGUACCUUUUGUUAAUAGACAGAUACAUCAAUACUAUGACCAAUAUGGUCAGUACCGUACCUCGUGCGAUGGUACAAGCCUUGACAUAACAUGCCACUAUACCAACAUGGGUGACUACACUGUUCAUUCGACAGAUUUCUGUCCGGACGAUGAAGUUGUGUUACGAUUUGAUUCUGCUGAAAUUGGAAUAUUGCCAGGCUCGUCAUUUAAAACCAAUUAUAAUGUAUCAGAUCUGCAUUUAGAAGACUUGGGUAUAACAAAAAUAAUACCAGGUGCAUUCAACCAUCAAUUUUCAAUUCAUUCCAUUUUCCUGAAUAAUAACAGCUUAUCUUUUAUUGGUGAUGGAAUUUUCAAUUCACUCAUACACUUAAGAGAAUUAGACCUAUCAGAAAAUGUAAUUUCAAACCUCAGUGAAGAUGCAUUUUCUAGUGUACCAUUGAAAACACUGAAUGUAAGUUUCAACGAUAUCUCAUUGAUACCAGGCUCUGUUAUGAAUGUGGACGUCUUGGACUUGUCUCAUAAUUCUAUCAAAUCUAUUCCAUCCAAGAAUUUUACGACCACUUUUCUGAAAAUAAGUAAUAACGAGAUUGAUAGGAUAAAUUUGACUUAUUUUCCUAAUAUUGUGAAACUUUAUAUAGCUGACAACCUGAUUAGAAAUAUUGACUUUCAAAAUGUUACAUUGGUGGAGCUGGAUAUUCACAACAAUGAAAUAAAAACAUUUCCAGAUGAUUUGAAACAACUGAAAUUACUGAAUAUUGGAAGUAACCAAAUAUCAAAUUUGCCAAAUAGCCCAAUAACUGGAAAUAAUCUACGAGAGCUUAUUCUCAGUAACAACAGCAUCUCGAAUAUUCCUAUAGAAUGUUUCGGAAAAGUUACGAAUCUAGAGGUUCUAGAUUUGUCUAAAAACAGACUAUCCGAAUUCGCUUUUGGAACAUUCGAUGCUUUGCAGAGAUUGAGAACGCUGAGUAUUUCGUACAACAGAUUCAAGGUCUUGCCCAUAUAUAUAUUUCAUUCAAUGAAAAGUUUGAAAAAUCUGUAUUUUCGUAAUAACGAUUUAACUGAAUUAAACGUUAGUACUUUAUUGAAACAUUUACCUAAUCUGGAAAAGGCUGAUAUGCGGGACAAUGCAUUUACUUGUCACAGUCUUCUAGAAGUUUGUCACAAUCUAGAACUACAGAAUGUGUCAUUUGAACGGGGGCGAUUUACUGGGGGUAAUAAUGUAUAUGGUAUGAAUUGCAGUGCAUACGUUGAUUCUGUUAACAUUAAAGAAAAGUCAGAGAGUCCUGAGAUUAACGAGGCUUACGCGACUCUAGUGAAUUACUUCAAUAAAGAAUUUAGAAACAGCAACUUUGUUCAAUAUUUAGAGAACUUGAAAAAUAGCGACAGUGAAUCCAAAGACUAUAACUUGCUACGUAACCUUACUGAUACUAUAGGUAGCCUUGGACAGUUGAUCAAUGAAAUGACAGACACUGAUAAAGCUCAAACAGACACUAUAAAAAAAGUUGUUGGUAAAAUUAGUCAACUAAGAAUUGACGGCUAUAUUGAUAUCAAUCAAACGUUGAAGGAUUACUCAAAAACAACACAAGACAUACUAACAAGCCUGAAGCAAAUCAUAAACUCAACAAAAAAUAGAGACAUGAACCGUGAUAAAGGAUUGAGAGAGCUUUCUGGCAUAGGUAUUGGUAUUAAGAAAGAGCUAUCAGAUAUAGCACGUGGUAUGAAUCAAGUUCUAGGAACUUUAAAAGAAAUAGAUAAAGACCAUGAAAUGAGUGCAGAUAUACAUGAGCAGUCGGAAAAUUCUGAGAAACAACAAAUAAAAGGCAAAGCAGAGGAGUUACGCUCUCACACUGAAAAUGCAACUUCACGAGAAUAUAUACCAGUAUUAACUUUCAUUGCUGUGUUGUUAACGGUAAUGGUAGGUUUGAUGCUUCUUCAUGGGUAUAUUAUGUUUUUUAAAACAAAACACACCAUCAAUCCUAACUUAAAUGUAGAAAUGACUCGACUUGUAGAACCCAAAUCUGAUACUGUAAAUAACUAAGUUACUUUUAUGUUUUCAAAGAUUAUAUUCUUUUUGUAAAAUAAUUAUAAUUAUUAAAUAUUUCAGUACACAAUA